AGGGGAGAGAGGGAGAGAGCGAGAGAGAGAAUGCUGAAGGGCUCGAACAACCCUAAGACGGUGAUGAUCACCGGAGUCAGCCGAGGCCUCGGCCGAGCUCUAGCUUUGGAGCUAGCGAGGCAAGGGCACACGAUAAUAGGCUGUGCUCGAGCACAGGAUAAGCUCCAGUCCCUGGAGGCCGAGAUCCCAUCCCGAGACAAGCAUCUCUUCCAAGUUCUUGAUGUGAGGUCGGAUAGCGGGGUUCAAGACCUGGCAAGACUAGUUAUGGAGAGAAGUCUAAUUCCUGAUAUCAUAGUAAAUAAUGCGGGAGCUAUCAACAAAAACAAUAAGAUAUGGGAAGUUUCAGAAGAAGAAUUUGAUAUGGUCAUCGAUACCAAUGUAAAGGGUGUAGCAAAUGUGCUCCGUCACUUUCUCCCUUUCAUGAUUGAGAGAAAGAAAGGAGUUAUUGUUAACAUGUCUUCUGGUUGGGGGAGGUCCGCAGCUGCUGAGGUAGCACCCUAUUGUGCAUCAAAAUGGGCAAUUGAGGGGUUGACUCGUUCUGUGGCAAAGGAAUUGCCUCCUGGCUUGGCAACUGUGGCUCUAAGUCCUGGUGCGGUGAACACUGAUAUGCUAGCCUCAUGCUUUGGAAAUUCUGCUGCCCUCUAUCAGACUCCUGAAGCAUGGGCUCCACGAGCAGCAACUAUGAUACUUAAUCUCUCAGUGGAAGAUAAUGCUACAUCACUCACUGUUUAAUGAAAUUAGGUGUAGAUCACUAGCAUCUCCGUGAUUGUUGGCGCUUACAUCACAUUGCCAUACUUUUGAUAUGGGAGUUCAUAGUAGAUUCUGGAAUAGCUGCAAGCAUCUCUUUUGAGUGUUUUUGGGUUAGGUGAUGAAACUUUCUAAUCUUGAUUGGAAGCCAGUGUUGCUUCAGUGACUGUUUGAGGAUAGUAGACAUUUUAUCAGUGGUUUAAUGUUCGAUUUUUGGGAGAUCAGCGUGUAUAUAUAAAUUCUGCCAUACAGUUACAGUGAAUUAGUGCUUGUCUCAGUACUGUUUCUUAUACAGUCUUCGCCUGUAUAAUGUUGCUUAUAUUUACUUUUCCUAAAU